CACGACUCGACCUCGUCUCCGAUUCGAGGUUUCUCCGUAUUUGCAUGUUAUUCAGAAGGCCAAUUGGCGACGAUCUUAACACGCGCACCCUGGCUUGGACAUGACUCCUUGAGAAAGGCCUCAUCUCAAGUCUUCGCAGGCAGAGCUCGCACACUUUAUCUGGCACGUCCUUGGAACUAUUUCUGGAACGCAACUAUGGCGACCUCAAUUACACUGAUGAAGAAAGAGCUUCGAAAGAAGAUUAAGACUAUACUUUCGGAGCUACCCGAAGCCGCGAUAAAAGUACAAUCUUCCAUAGCAGUCAAUUCUCUACUGUCAUUGCCGGAGUAUAAGGCAGCGAAGAGGGUCAGUGUUUAUCUUUCCAUGCCUUCAGGGGAAAUCUCGACGUCCAGUAUCGUGCACGAUGCCUUGCAGCAAGACAAACAGGUCUUCAUCCCAUACACGUACAAGUUAGCUGCCCCGCAGCAGGGCCAACCAAAGUCAGUCAUGGACAUGCUAGAGCUGUAUUCGCUCAGUGACUACGAAUCCCUCAAGCCAGACAAUUGGGGCAUCCCAACUCUGAGCCAAGACUCAAUAUCAUCACGUGCCAAUUCAUUCGGUGGACUGGGGAUCACUGAGGGAGAAUCGGCUGCACAGACUGGAGUCGACUAUGGACUGGAUUUGAUCAUCAUGCCCGGCAUGGCCUUCGACUUAGAAUUUGGCCGUCUUGGUCAUGGCAAAGGCUUCUAUGACUACUUUUUGCAGCGGUGUCACCAGUUGUCGCAGAUGCCUUUUCGCGUGGGUCUCUCGUUGAGUGAGCAGCUCCUCCCUCCAAAUGAAUCCGUCCCAGUGGAUAAUUCCGAUUUUCCCCUUGACGCCCUCAUCCUCGGCGAUGGCCAGCUUCAUCGGGCCAAAACAUGACAUGGAACGCCGAUGUCGAAAUUUUAAACAAUCGUUCUUCUAAGACACCCCACACCCUGCUUCCCCCGAAUUUUGUUAGAGGGUUUCGCAACAGGAUCCGCCAAUACACAUCAGAGGGGUUGGGGCUUAGAGAGGCUUUGGAUCAGGGAAAUAUUGUCGCCUUUGAGCAUGA